UGUCGUCAGUUGAUUCCUUAGAGUCGGCUUGGGUUAAUUAAUUACUUAAAUCUAAGUAUCAUCUUAUUCAGCUUUUACCAGCUUUUACUAUGACUAUCUGAAACCUCGAAUAUCUGCUACACAGAUAGUCCUAAGGAAUGAAUCUAUAACGACCAUCAAAUGGCUUGCUUUGGAAGGAGAGAAGCCGAGUUUUACUGUCAUGUUAUACUUUUGGACGAGAGCGAGUUUCCUGUCACAAUCCAAAAAUCGACCAAGGGACAAGAGGUUCUUGAAAAAGUUUUCGAUCAUUUGAAUUUGCUUGAGCGAGAUUACUUUGGGCUGCGCUACGUCGACAAGGCAAGCCAUUCUAGAUGGCUGGAUCCCAUGAAACUCGUUAUGAAACAAUUAAAGGCAGGUCCUCCAUAUCUGUUAUACUUUUGUGUCAAGUUUUAUGCUUCUGAUCCUUGUAACUUACAAGAGGAGCUCACCAGAUAUUUCUUCUUUCUCCAAAUAAAAAGGGAUAUAUUUCAAGGAAGACUACCCUGUUCUCAAAACUUACUAUCAGAAGUUUCGUCAUAUGCUUUGCAGUCCGAGCUUGGAGACUUCGAUCCCAGACAACAUACUCAAGGCUAUGUUUCCGAGUUCCGCUUUAUUCCCAAACAGACAGAGGAACUAGAAGCAAAGAUAAUGGAUUGUCAUAAAAGACUGACUGGAAUAGUUCCAUCAGUUGCUGAGUUCAUGUAUUUGGACAAAGUCAAGUGGCUAGAGAUGUAUGGCGUGGACUUACAUUUAGCAAAGGGAGAAGAUGAUAUUGAAUAUUUUGUCGCUUUAAAACCUGCUGGUGUUAUUGUGUACAAUAAUAAAACUCCAGUUGGAACAUAUUUAUGGCCAAAAAUAACAAAAAUAGAUUUUAAAGGAAAAAAGUUCAGUUUGAAUGUAUCAGGAAAAGAGGGGCGAGAAUACGUGUAUAUUUUUUAUCUACCAAACAAGUCCGCUUGUAAACAUCUGUGGAAAUGCUGCGUGGAACACCAUUCUUUUUUCAGACUUGAUAAAGUUAAACCUCCUGUUCGACGUUCAAGCUUUAGUGGGCUGCUACGAACUGGUUCUGGAUUCAGAUACAGCGGGCGAACACAAAAAGAAGCGUUAGAAGAAGGUAAACGAACCAAGCGAUCGAGUCCUGUUGUGCAAAGAAAACCAAGCAAACGUUAUAAUAGACGAGAAAGCCAAAGCAGCGAGAGAGGUCAUCCUUGCGCUGCACCAGUCCAUGCGAGAAAUGGUUUGGAAAAAAUGCAAGGAAACAUAUCGCCUCUCGCUAACCCUGACACAAACCUACAGACAAAUUUACAAUAUCAAGAUAUGACCGACUCCGCACGUGGACCUGGACUGCCCUGGGAAGAGCUUGCACAGACCCAAGCAGGYUUAUAUACUCCUGCUCCAGAAUCCCCUCGUUCGGUUCGAAGCAGCGGAUCUACAGGAAAAGUAAGACGACGAUCACCAAAGUUUCCAAGUCCUCAUCGUCGUUCAGGUCAGAGUAGUGGCAGUGAAACAGAUUCACCAAGAAAACGGUCCCGAUCAAGGUCGGCUUACUAUUCUGAUGAUGACGUUAGUCGUAGACGCAGACACCACAAGAGAUCACACAGACAUCGACAUACUCAUUCAGCUGAUUCUGGUAGUGAUACUGGUUCGCUACCACGAAAUAGGAAUCCAAGAAAAAAGCACAGAGAACCGAUCAGUAUGGAGGAAGUUGUUAAACUCGGAGAUGCGGCACCGUAUCACUGGGAUGAGCGUGGAAGUGAACGACGACACAGACAUCAUCGUGGUAAUUAUCACUCAGAUGUUAGAUCUGAUGGAUCGUCCGUACAAAGGCCACAAAGUAGAGUCUAUAGUGAUUAUGACCGUGUCUCGCAGACCGAUAGAAUGGUACCAGCAUUAGAUGUUAUUCAACCUCGUAUAGCAUUAACAAGAGAAGCCAAAGAGCUUCGACACCGUCAUCAUCAUCACCAUAGGCACAGUCACCAUGGAAACCCCGUAAGUGAAUCAGGCCAAUCUACUUUCUCAGCUCCACCGGCGCCUCCAACAAAAUUUCUAGCAGAUCUUGGUCCAGAAGGAAUGUUUACUACGCAGAGAACCGGUGGACAGCCAGUAUCAAGGAUGGUCAAAUCCAGUAGUAUCGUCAAUGCUCCCUUGUAUAGUUCAGUUCAAAGAUCUUUUGGUUCACACCAAGAGGUUAAUGGACCCACAGUAACACCAAGUGAUGCAUUCUUUGGUAACACUGUUGUUCAGUAUCCUUUCGUAGAAGCCAAUGGCAAGUUACCUCAUAGCCGUAACCAUGGCAGCCGUAUGGAUUACGUCGAAGUCGUGUCUGGUCCACCACCACAUCAGCAAUUCAAUAUGUAUCGCGGUUAUCACAAACCUAUGCAGCAGCAUCCAUCGGGAAAGUCAACCUUCUUAUGAGAAGGAAAAUUACCUUUUUCUCUACAACUAGGCUCAUGAAGUGCAUGGGCGCUGACUACUGUAUGACAUUUGGGGACUGGUCAAGUGUAUAAAACUGUAACUCGGAACUGGAUAGUUCCUUGUAAAUAGAUUUUGUGGCUUUUGCAGUGCGACUUCUCCAACCAAGGCUUCCUCAACAAAUGUUAUGUUUCUGAUAAACAAGGGUUAGUCUCUUUCUGAUUAGCAAGGGCAGCAGAUUGUACCCUGCGAACAGAGUCUCCUUUUUUAAAAGGAGACUCUGCUCGCAGGGUAAGCAGAUUGAGAAUAUCCCAUGUAUCCACUCUACUCUUGUAGUGUAUUCUUAUAUUGUAAAAUCUGUUGGUGGUGUUGUUUUUCUCUUGGGUGGGUUGGCAUAAUUACUUCAUUAUCCAGAUACUUAGACAAAAGAUUAGCUGCAAAUUUUGAAUUUAGACAAUUUUUGAUUCAGCUGAUAAACAUUCCGCGCAAGACAGGCAAGACACUGUUAGAUUCCCCUCUUUCUCUUUUCAUUGGCUAAUUUAAAGAAAAUUUGUUCGGGUGUCCUUGGUUAGAAUAGUUUCACUGUAUACGUAAUAACUCCUCACUAUCCGUAUUUAUGAACAAAGCUAAUUCUGAAGUAAUCCAGAAA